AGGUGUUGGCCGGGCCUCCAGCUCUGUCAGUGGUGGCUGCUGCCUGCUCUGGAGGCGAGCUCCGCGGUGGCGGCCGAAGGUGGCAGAGGUGAACGCUAGCGCCGGGCUUUGCCCGCUUCUUGUUGAAGCUGUGAAUUCGUUUGGACAAUUGAUGAUAUUUAUCAUUGUGCCCAGUUUCUACAAAUAAAAAAUGGGUGGAUUAUUUUCUCGUUGGAGGACAAAACCUUCAACUGUAGAAGUUCUGGAAAAUAUAGAUAAGGAAAUUCAAGCAUUGGAAGAAUUUAGGGAAAAAAAUCAGAGAUUACAAAAAUUAUGGGUUGGAAGAUUAAUUCUCUACUCCUCAAUUCUCUAUCUGUUUACGUGUUUAAUUGUAUACUUAUGGUAUCUCCCCGAUGAACUUACAGCAAGACUUGCCAUGACACUCCCAUUUUUUGCUUUCCCGUUGAUCAUCUGGAGCAUAAGAACAGUGCUUAUUUUCUUCUUUUCCAAGAGAACAGAAAGAAAUAAUGAAGCAUUGGAUGAUUUAAAAUCCCAGAAGAAAAAAAUACUUGAAGAAGUCAUGGAAAAAGAAACUUAUAAAACGGCUAAAUUAAUUCUUGAAAGGUUUGAUCCAGAUUCAAAGAAAGCAAAGGAGUUUGAGCCGCCAUCUGCUGGAGUAGCUGUAACUCCAAGGCCUGGACAAGAGAUUCGUCAGCGAACUGCAGCUCAAAGAAACCUUUCUCCAACAACAGCGGACUCUAGCCAGGGCACUCCUCCACAAGUUCCAGUAUCUCCUGGACCACCAAAGGACACUUCAGCCCCUGGUGGACCUCCAGAAAGAGCUGUUACUCCAGCCCUAUCGUCAAAUGUGUUACCAAGACGUCUUGGAUCCCCUGCUACUUCAGUGCCUGGAAUGGGUCUUCAUCCUCCUGGUCCACCUUUAGCAAGACCCAUUCUGCCCCGAGAACGAGGUGCUCUGGAUAGAAUUGUUGAAUAUUUAGUUGGUGAUGGUCCACAGAACAGGUAUGCCCUGAUAUGUCAACAGUGUUUUUCUCACAAUGGCAUGGCUUUGAAAGAAGAAUUUGAAUAUAUUGCUUUUCGUUGUGCCUACUGUUUUUUCUUGAAUCCUGCAAGAAAAACUAGACCUCAGGCUCCAAGACUUCCAGAGUUUAGUUUUGAGAAGAGGCAGGCACUGGAAGCCUCAAGUACAGUUGGUUCCUUGCCCUCGGGAAGUGUGAUUUCAUCAGAGAAUCAGAUCAGUGAAGAAUCUUUUGAAGAACAAGGUGUUCUAGAUACCUGUACAGAGCAAACAGAUGACAAAACACUGGAUACAGAGCAGACAAACCAAGUGAUUGAACAAGCAUCUGGCACAGAGGAACCAGAGGAGAAGCAAGAGACCGAGAAUGAGGAAACCGCAAUGAAUGAAGCCAAAUCACCAAUAUCGAGAGCUGAUGCUAUUCCUAAACCUGAACUAAGUGGAGAAUCAUUGACAAUGUAGUAAAUGCUUCCACGUGCCUUCAACUGAUAUUUGUAGUCUUGUUGAUGCCAGUUGUUGCUUUUUUAGGUGGUGCUUUCUUUCCCCCCCGCUCUAAAGACAUGCUUGAUAUCAUUUGAAUUCAGAUUGCUUAUUUCAGUAUGUCAAAGUUACGUCUACUGGGUAUUUAAAUUAAAAGUAAGUGAUAUCAGUACAGUAAAACCCUUUUUAAUGUGCAAAACUCCACACUGUGUAGACAGCUUUUAGGUAUUUAUUCCCCUUCUAAAAGUAAAAAAUAUGAUAGAGGUUUUGUUUUCUAUUUGUGACCUGUAAAUACUAUCCAUUUUGACAUAGGAAGAACUUUGGUUAGGAGUAAGUUCUAAUAGUGUUUGUUUUAAGGAAUGAUACACAAUUAAGAUUUUUAAUACUUCAUCAUUAAAGUGGAUGGAAUUUUAACUCUUAAAAUAUUUGCCAGGGAGUGAAAUGUUUAUUUAGGCAUUUAUAUUAAGAGGUGUGAAAGUUAUUACAGUAACAAUAUAGGCAUUGGUUUUCUCAGUAAGAAUGCAGUUGAGCUGUCAAGUGCAGUGUUACUUUUGGAUGUGUCUUAUUUUGCACCUGGGCCAGAGGUACCUGAUGUAUAUAAUUAGCUUAUGUUUACAUAUUAACGUAUAGGAAAUAUCUCUGCAUUUGACUGCACUUGAAUUUUGAACAUUAUUUAUAUUUGUAAAAUAAUGAUGAUAUUAUAAGUGAAUUUUGUGCUCUUGUGUGUAUUUUGCUAAGGAAAAUAAAGAUGAUCUGGUAGCAGUUUCUUUUGUUAAAUAUCUAGACUUCUUCAGACAGUAUCUUGAGGAUGACUUGGCUACCCGAAAAGUCUUAGGAGGAGGAGCUCACAAUUCAAUAAAUCAGCAGAUUCUGCUGAGUGCAAAUUAUGAUCUUUGUAUUCACACUUAUUGCCUUUCAAAAUCAGAGAAAUAGUGACAUUUAGAGGUUCUAAUCAGAGAUUAGAUUUUUCUCAUUCGGGAAGCGAUUAGGCCAUUUGUAGUUUUUAAUUUUGAGAGACAUAGUUUUGUGAGAAUAGGCAGUUAUUUACUGGUAGUUCAUUUGAUUUAAUAUGUGUGUUAAGCAUCAACUGGGAAAAUUUUUUGACCCAGAGUGAUAAUUCUUGGACUUUAAGUACAAAUGUUAUUAUCUUUUCUACCUUCCUUUUAUCUAUUAUUAAAAAAAAUUGAAAUCACGUUGUUAUGCCAAAAGGAAGAAUGUAUAGGAAUGGUGUAUAUGGCAAGUAUUUCUAAAUUGUACAGUUUAUUAAAAAUUUGAUAAAAUAUAAUUUGUUAUUAUUUAAAAUUCAUCUUUAUGAUCUAAUAUUAUAUCUGAUAGGUAUUUUUAAGGAACCCAAUGUCUUAAUAGUCUCAGGCAUCAUGGUAUAGUGAGUGACCAGAGUUUUCAAGAGUAUAGGACUAGGCUUAAAUUCCAGCUCUGCAGUCUUGGGCAAGUUGCCUGACUUCUCUGAGAUUGUUUUUUUCUUCUGUAAAAUGGAAGAAUAAUACCUACUUUGGGGGGUAUUGGCACAAUUAAAAAUGAUUUGUGUAGUGUGCCUAGCUCACUGUCUGAUAAUUAAUAGAUAUUAAGUAAAUGGUAGCAUUUUAUACUAUUGAUGUCCUUGUGAAAUAUGAAAGGACUAUAAAUUCUUCCUCUUGCAGAUAAGAAAAUGAAAAAACAAUAUGAACAUAUAAAUCAGCUGUUCAGAAUCAAGCCAAAGUUUUCUGCAUCAACUUUUCUUUAUCAUAUACAUGUAUAUAAAUGCAUAGGUUAAGGAAAUAGGAACCUGAAACUGUGGAAUACUACAGAAUAUAACCUAUUUUAUGUUUUGAUGAACACUAUCACAUUUUUUUAGUGCAUUAUUUGCCCAUUACAUUUUAGUAACACCUUUGCUGAGUCUUCUUGUUAUAAAACAUUCAAAUUCUGAUGUACAUUAUUGAAAAAUGAGGAGUAACUCAGAAAUAAAGCUUAAUGAUAUAAUCAAGCAGAUAUGAGAAAUAUUUUUGAAAAAAAUGUAGAAGACUAAAAGGGGGAUUAGUGAAAUUAAUGCAACUGGUAACAUGCUGUAAUCAUAUAGUACCCUUUAAAAUAGAAAAGUCUAUUCUGAUAUUUUAAUAAACAGCUAAUGGUUGAAAGAA